AUGACAAAGAAGCACAAUCCACUUCACAAAAAGAUCUCUAGCAAAGAAGAGUUUGAUCAAGUUACAGAAUCCAUUCCGACAGAUAACCCACUUGAAGUAUUAGAUAGAGAAGUCCAUGCACCUGAUAAUUUUGUCGUUACCACAAGCGAAGCUAAUAAGCCAGUAGAAAAUAACUUUGCAUUCUUUUCACGACUCUUUGCCAUUCCUUUGAUUCGUGAUAGUACAGCCAAGGUACAAGAAAUUGCCAAUCAACACAUGAUCAGUCGAUUCGCUAUGAAUCAGGCUGAAGCUACUGCCAAGUUAGCUGCCAACAUUGCUUCCCCAUAUGCUGAGAGAUACAGAGGUCAUUUAAAGAAGGCUGAUGAAUUUGGUUGUAAAUCACUUGAUUUGGUUGAAUCUAAACUUCCUCCCAGCGUAAUGUUGUCAAGCCCUCAAAAAGUCUACAAAGAUGUCAAGGGGCGUAUUGUUACCUACACCAGUGAGAGCGUCGAACAGUUGGUCAAUAGGUAUCUCCCCAAGGAAAAAAAUGACGCAACUAUGCGAUCAGAGAAUGGUAAAAAAUCAUUAGCCAAUGAAGUAAAGGACCGCUUGGCGUACCGUGCAAAAUCCGACUUGUCUCGCUUGGCGGAAACAAGUCAAUUCCUUCAAGAAGCUCUCCACUCUAUUCAAAAGGCAAACACUCGCUUACAAGACUUUGUAAACUCACUGAAGGAUGGCUAUACUACAACUCAACACAAGGCUAACCAACGUCUUCAUGAACUUACCGUUGAUGUGAUUAAACGUAUUGAUUCUGCUGCCAACUAUGCUAAAGAGAAACAUGUUAUGGAUAAUCUGCCUUGGCUCGUUCAACCUUUGGUUCACUUUGCUUCUAAUGAAUAUGAAAUUGUUCGCACUGAAAUGUUAAAAUCUGAUGUCGCUCCAUUACAAAAGGCAACAAAUAUCUUACACGUAAACCAGACUCAGAUCUUUCCAUUGUUUAAAAACACCAUCCAUGGCUUACAAGAACAAAUUCGUGAAUACAGCUUAAAUAACAAGGUUGUACGGGAAGUAAAGUCAACCCUUGGUCUUGUCAGUACAAAAGCAUAA